AAUCGAUGGAACAGGAACUGUCACAUUCAAAACAAGGUCAAAAGUUCGAGAACCUCUUUACAUGCUGGAUUCUUAAGCGAGAAGAUUCGAUUUCCAUUUGGCGAACGGAGUUGUCAACGCUCGCAGAAGAAUAAUCCAAGACCACUGACCAAAAUACUUCUAGUCAUCCGGUGACUCGGUACCGUCAGGUGGGAAAGAUUCAAGGAAGGGAGACCUCUAGAGCAAGAGAGAGAGAGAGAGAGAGAGAGAGAGAGAAAGAGAGACAAAGAUCGGAGGAACAAAACGGUAAUCCCGGGUGGCAAAGUCACCGCAAGCGUCGAUCAUCAGUUACCGAAACGUACGCGUCGCAGAGAGACAUCCCCGAGAUGCGUGUCCUCGCGCUCGUAAACGUCUUCGCCACGUUCCUGAUGACAUGGGGCUGCGCCCAUAUAAUCGCCUGGAGGGAGAUGCGACGGGAAGGACCGAUUCGCGAUGCUAUCGAGAGCGGCGCAGCCGCCGAGUACAACAAGGACGAUUGCGUCUGGAGGCGAGGAAACGACCGGGACGUCUGUCCCGAUCCGGAUGUACAUAUGUAUCUUUAUACGCCGGGCCAGCCACGACGGAUUCUAGAUCCCUCGGAGCAGUCCGACUGGCUGCGUCAGGAUUACGAGCCCGUCAAAGAUAAUGUGAUCCUCAUUCACGGAUACGCAGGUGGUGACAAUACGUUGCCGAUCGCGAUUUUGCGCGACGCUUACUUGAGAAAUGGCAGCUACAAUGUGUUCCUAGUUGACUGGGGUGCGUUAUGCGAACGACCGUGUUAUCCGGCCGCAGUGGCAAAUAUACGACCGGUAGCGAAGUGUCUCGCCGGCACUCUGACGAUCUUGAGAAACCUUGGCCUGCAGAUCGCGAGGACCACCUGCAUCGGGCAUUCCUUAGGCGCUCACAUCUGCGGCAUCAUGGCCAAUUACCUGCUCUUCAGGAUGUACAGGAUAAUCGGCUUGGAUUCCGCCCGUCCGCUUGUCCGGCCAGGUUUGAUGAAUCGUUUGGACGCCGGUGACGCCGAUUUCGUCGAGGUGAUACACACCAACGCCGGAUAUUACGGCGAGGUCGGCCGCGUCGGCCACGUGGACUUUUGCGUCAACGGCGGCAAGGUGCAACCCUUCUGCCAGGACAGGGAGAUGUUCCAUCUGUGCAGUCACGUGUGGUCCGUUUGCUUCAUGGCGCAGAGCAUAGACGACGAUGGCGCGAACAUGAUGGCCGAGUCCUGCUCCAGGAGGUGUCCCUCGGGUCCGAGGAUCGCCGCCAGGACGGGCGAAUACGUGGCGAUGGGUCAACAUACCCCAGUCAACACCAGAGGAUCCUUUUGCUUCAGCGAAGUCAAUCCGCCGUAUUGUCCGAAAUAUUUGAAGGGUCGCGGCGACGAGAGAUGCUGCGUACCGGAAUUGACGAAUAAUGAAGAAAUAGAAGAGAAUAGCGUAAAGUAUGGUAACACGACGAAGCGUUCUUUUAUGAAACAGUUGAAUUUUGAGCUUGACUUAAGGCAAGGCGUGCAAAUUAAGAAAAAUUAUUAUUAAGUUAUAAUAUAAUAAUAUAAUUAAAAUUAUAAUAUUAUUCAUUAGAUAUUAAAUUUGUUUGUUGACACAUAAAUUAAAUUGUUAAUGUAUAUAUGUAGAAUCAUAUAGCGUCUCUCUCUCUUUCUUUCUCUUUCUUUUUCUUUCACAAAAUAAAUCUCUUAAAUUAUGUAUAAAUUAGUAUAAAAUCAUCUUUUUACAUCUACUUAUAUAAAAAACUAUAUAUAUACAUAAGACGAUUGAUAUAAAAGAGACAAAAUUUUUUAUAUAUAUUAUUUAGAAGAGACAUCUAUACAUAUCUAUUUUUUUAUAUUUGUUUUGUGCAAAAUAAUAUCUUAUAUAUGAUUUGUGAGUAGAUAUAUGAUUGAUGAGUGAGUGAGAACUUAUAUACGUGCUUACGUAAAUUAAGAUCUUACGGUACCGGGUGGCGUGCACCACAAAAUGAUUUACUGGAAUGCCGGAGUCACCGAUUACGUAUUCAGAUUACGUAGUGCGCCGGAAAAAUCUUAGGUUUGUAAUAUAUCCGGCGAUCCAUACCGUUAUACGCUCCACUAACAUAAACGUCAACGAACAGAAUCAUGACAAUAAUAAACGAUCGAUCGAGCUAUAUUUUGCAUACUAUUGGAAUUCUCUUAAGCGGAAUUUUUACGUCUAUCUUAUUGAAAUUUUCUUGCAAGUUUAAUUAAUUGGGAGCUAUCAAAGUAUCCUUAUUUUCAAAAUGAAUUUAAAUAUUAAAAUAUUUCAUGUAUUAAAAAUGCUAUUAUAUAUAUAUAUUUCUGUGCAUAUACUUGGCCUCGUUGUCAUUCAGGCGGCGACACUCAAAUAAGCAGGUAGAAAUAUAAAUCACUCCGUGUAUCAUCGUAUAUUAUCACUUGAAACGUGAUUAUUUUCUACAAUUGCGAUUAACGUAAUUUAUCUAUUAUUUUCGGAUUAAAAGCACGCAGUAAUGCAUGAGUCAUCUAAUCGGCUGAAUACAGUUUAAUGAAAAGUAAUAAAUAAUCAAUCGUUUACUAUAAUGAUUAAUUCUAACUAUAAUGAUUUAAGAAUCAAAAUAUUCCGCAGACAUUUAUCUUGAAAUAUAUAAAAUAUUAUAUGACAGCUGUGAGAAUAAACUAUACACUAUAUAGCGCGUUAUUGUUUAUAUUUCUACGUUGCCUUGUUA